AGAAUGCGGAAGGGAUUUCCGGAAUUAUGGCGAGGUCUGAUUGCGUGUCUGGUCUCGGGAGCACUGCUGCAGUCGUUGUGCUAAAGAGGGCGGUGGAACUAGAUUCGGAGUCCCGGUACCAGCAGGCUCUGGUGUGUUACCAGGAGGGUAUUGACCUGCUCUUGCAGGUUCUGAAAGGUGCCAAAGAUGAUACAAUGAAAUGUAAUCUCAGAAAAAAAAUUUCUGGCUACAUGGAUAGAGCAGAAAACAUAAAGAAAUACUUGGAUCAAGAAAAAGAAGAUGGAAGAUAUCAUAAGCAGAUUAAAAUAGAAGAGAAUGCAACAGGUUUUGGUUAUGAGUCACUUUUUCAAGAAUACCUUAAUGAAUGGGUUACAGAAGUUUGGAUAGAAGAUCCUUAUAUUAGACAUACUCAUCAGCUGUAUAACUUUCUUCGAUUUUGUGAGAUGCUUGUUAAGAAAUCAUGUAAAGUAAAAACGAUUCAUCUUCUCACCUCUCUGGAUGGCAUUGGGAAAGAGCAGCAAUGUGGCCUGGAAGAAAUAAAAGAGUCACUGAGAAAGCAUGGAGUGCUAUUGGAAUUAGAAUAUUCUUCUUCAAUACAUGACCGAGAAAUUCGGUUCAACAAUGGAUGGAUGAUUAAGAUUGGAAGGGGACUUGAUUAUUUUAAGAAACCACAGAGUCGUUUUUCCCUUGGAUAUUGUGAUUUUGAUUUAAGACCAUGUCAUGAAACAACAGUGGACAUCUUUCAUAACAAGCACACAAAAAAAAUAUGAUGGGUAGUAGCUUACAUUAAAUAUUUCUAUUUUUAGUAAAUACUGUAUAUUUUUUUACUUUGAAUAGCUCGUUCCUGUAAUGUAUAAAUUUAACAAUAAACUUUAACAUUUCUACUAAUUUAUGGAUCUGUUGUU